CAUGUAUAUACAUAAACUGGUUUUUCUGUCCUUUCUGUGUUUCAACCUUUGACAAAGCCUAACCUUUAAGGUUUGUGCAUUGAAGAUGAUGAUUUUCCUUCAUCUCUGUGUCCUCUACUUGAUGGUUCUAAACUCCUUUAACCAAGGAUGGGCUUUUCAUUACCAACCCAAACACCCAUAUCUACCAUACAAAUAUGACUAUUCCCGGUCACCUGUACUUCCUGAAGAAAGUGGACCAUCUGGAUUACCUGGGCCACCUGGACCAUGUGGACCACCUGGACCACGUGGACAACCUGGACGUCAAGGACCACCUGGGCCAAAAGGUGAAAGAGGACAUCAAGGACCAAUAGGCCAGCCUGGAAUCAAAGGAUCAGAAGGACCAAGGGGUUAUAUGGGGCCAAAGGGGUCAAAUGGAAUACCUGGGAUGUGUGGAACUCCAGGACCACAGGGACCACAGGGAGAAAUUGGUGCACAAGGGCCAAAGGGUAAAAUGGGUUUGAAAGGAGCAAAGGGUGACAUUGGACCACAGGGGCAAAAAGGUCAAAUGGGAUCAAAGGGGUCAAAGGGUGAAAUGGGACCAAAAGGGCUUAAAGGUCAAACAGGACCACAGGGACCAAAGGGUGAAACUGGGCCACAGGGACCACCUGGACCAUCUGAGAAUAAAGGAGCUCAGGGGCCAAAGGGAGACAUUGGACCAAAGGGAGCAAAAGGUGCAAAGGGACAGCAAGGGCCAAAGGGUGAAAUGGGUGAAAAGGGAUUAAAGGGACUGCCUGGACUUUCUGGGACACCAGGAGCAAAAGGUGAUAUGGGACCACAGGGGCCAACAGGUGAUUUAGGACCACAAGGGCCAAAAGGUCACGAGGGAUCACAAGGUUUAAAGGGUGAUAUGGGACAACAGGGACUCAAGGGUGCAAUAGGACCACUGGGGCCAAAGGGUGAUGUGGGACCACAGGGACCAGCUGGACCGCCUGGGUCACCAGGAGGUCAAAAGGGAGAAAAGGGUACAAAAGGAGAAAUGGGUGUAAUGGGAACACAGGGACCACCUGGACCACCAGGGGGACAGGGAGAAAAGGGUACAAAAGGGGCAGUGGGUGCAAUGGGACCACAGGGGCCACAGGGUAAUACAGGAGCAAUGGGAGCAAAGGGAGAAAUGGGACCAAAUGGGCUAAAGGGUGAUAUGGGACCACAGGGGUUAAAGGGAAAUAUGGGAUCCACGGGACCAAAGGGGGAAAUUGGACCACCUGGGCCAAAAGGCAAUGAGGGAUUACAGGGACCUAGUGGAACACCAGGAAAUCCAGGACAAAAGGGGGACUUAGGACCACAGGGGCCAAAAGGUGAUGUGGGACAACAAGGGCAAAAAGGUGAUACAGGACCACAGGGUCCCAAGGGCAAUGAGGGAUCACAGGGACCUACUGGAACACCUGGGAAUCCAGGAUUAAAGGGUGAUUUGGGGCCACCGGGGCCAACGGGGGACAUGGGGCUACAGGGACUAAAGGGUGAUAAAGGAGCCAAAGGACAAAAGGGUGAAAUAGGAGAAAAGGGAACAAAGGGUGAUUUGGGUCCUAUGGGGGUUAAGGGUUCAGCAGCAGAACCGGGACCACCAGGGCCACCGGGGCCACCAGGGCCACCAGGGCCACCAGCACCUCCAAACUCAAGAAGCCCACGUUCAAUAAUUGGAUAUUUUGGGCCACCAGGGCCACGUGGACCAUCAAGACUAACAGGACCUAUUGGACUAAGAGGACCAAGUGGAGAUCUUGGACCACAGGGGUUGAAGGGUGAAAUGGGACCACAGGGGUUAAAGGGGGACAUUGGACCACAGGGGUUACAGGGACCAUGGGGACCUAAGGGACCCCCUGGAGAACCUGGUUUACAUGGACAGCAGGGACCACAAGGAUUAACCGGACCACGAGGAACACCAGGAGUUUGCGAAACAGAGUGCGGAUGUUUGAACAUCAGUGACCUGCAGGACAGCAUCAUCAAGAUAAAACAGUACAUAUUAGCUAAUACCUUCCAGUUCCUCUGGAACGUUGGUCAGAAAUUCUUUGUGUCCAACAAGGACAGCGGUUCUUUUGAGACAGCCGUGGAGUUCUGCUCCCAGCAAGGCCUGGAGCUGGCUCUGCCCCAGAAUGAAGAGGAGAACAACAAACUGAUGGAGGUGUUUGGGGACGCCUUCAAAGACGUCUGGAUCAGUGUCAAAAACAAAACGGCAGAUGGGACAUUUCAGGUUGACGUAAAAAAUCAACCUCUGACUUUCACUAAAUGGGAAAAGGGACAGCCAGGUGACUCCAUCCAGCACACAGGCUGCACUGUGCUGACUGGAAACGGCUUCUGGAGGGUGAUGCAUGACUGCCACUACAACACGUUCAUUGUUUGUCAGCUAUACUGUACUUUACUCUUCUGUCUUUAUUCAAACCCAGAUCCCCAUUUUCCACCUGUGCUAAUGGGACCACCUGGACCACCUGGACCAUGUGGACCACCUGGACAUCAUGGACCACCUGGACGUCCUGGAAAAAAUGGACAAAAAGGCGAAAAGGGUGAAACUGGACCUAAAGGAUCACCGGGAUCACCUGGAGAACAGGGUCUAGGAGGGGAAAAGGGUCUAAGGGGCCCUCGGGGACCAAGGGGUCGAAACGGAAAAAAGGGGCGACGCGGACCAGAAGGUGAAGAGGGACCACAAGGGCCAAAGGGUGAAACGGGACCUGAGGGACCACCUGGACCUGAAGGGCCGUGUGGACCAAUUGGACCUGAAGGACCUUGUGGACCACAUGGACCUAAAGGUCAACCUGGACAAAAAGGUGACAAUGGACAAAAAGGACAACCUGGACCUCAAGGACCAAUGGGACCUCCAGGACCACAGAAUUUGAAAGGUGAAAUGGGACCAAAAGGAUCGCCAGGAUCAAAUGGACCACCUGGACCACCUGGCCCUCCAGGACCACAGGGAUCAAAAGGUGACAUGGGACCAAAAGGAUCACCAGGAUCAAGUGGACCAGCUGGACCACCUGGACCUCCAGGACCACAGGGAUCAAAAGGUUACAUGGGACCACAAGGGCCAAAGGGUCAAAUGGGACCUCCAGGACCACAGGGAUCAAAAGGUUACAUGGGACCCCCUGGACCUCAAGGACCACCUGGACCACCUGGAAGUCAGGGACCAAAGGGUGAAAAAGGACAUAAAGGUGAAAAAGGUGAAAAGGGAUCAAAGGGAGAAAAUGGUGAACCUGGAACACAAGGACCUCCUGGACCAUUGGGACCUCCAGGACCACAAGGCUUAAAAGGUAAAAAGGGUUGUCCAGGACCAAAAGGUACGCCUGGAAUACAGGGGCCCCCUGGACCAUGUGGACCUCCAGGUCCUUCUGGAUCAAAAGGUGCAAAGGGGGAAAGAGGACCAAGUGGACCUCCAGGACCAACUGGAUAUAAGGGAUCACCUGGAAUGAAAGGUGAUAUUGGACCGCAAGGACCAUGUGGACCGCCUGGACCAUGUGGACCUCCUGGACCAGCUGGAAAUCAGGGGCCAAAGGGUUAUAAGGGCGAUCAGGGCAACAUGGGACCACCGGGGCCCAAAGGUAGCACUGGACCACCUGGACCAAAGGGUUGCAAGGGAAAUAAGGGAGAAAAGGGAGAAAAGGGUGAAAAGGGUAAACGGGGUAAAAAGGGAGAGAAGGGUGAGAAGGGGGAAAUGGGUCCACCAGGUCCACCAUGUUCACCAUUACCUUCACUUCUACGAACUCGACGUGGAGUAACUGGACCAAUUGGAAUUCCAGGACCAAUUGGACCUCCUGGAGCAACUGGACAUCAAGGACCUCGGGGCUUAAAUGGGGAAAUUGGACCACAGGGGCCACCUGGUGAGCCUGGAUCCCAUGGACAACAAGGUCCAGCUGGAUCCCCUGGAACACCCGGAAUCUGUAAAACAGACUCGGAUAUCAGCGUUUUGCUGAACAGUGUAAUCAAGAUAAAGCAGCACAUACUAGCUAAUACCUUCCAGUUCCUCUGGAACGUUGGUCAGAAAUUCUAUGUGUCCAACAAGGACAGCGGUUCUUUUGAGACAGCCGUGGAGUUCUGCUCCCAGCAAGGCCUGGAGCUGGCUCUGCCCCAGAAUGAGGAGGAGAACAGCAAACUGAUGGAGGUGUUUGGGGACGCCUUCAAAGACGUCUGGAUCAGUGUCAACAACAAAACGGCAGAAGGGAAAUUCCAUGUUGAUAUGAACAAUCAACUUCUGACCUUUACCAAAUGGGAAAAGGGACAGCCAGGUGACUCCAUCCAGCACACAGGCUGCACUGUGCUGACUGGAAACGGCCUCUGGAGGGUGAUGCAUGACUGCUUUAGUGAUGCAUUCAUUGUUUGUCAGCUAUAGGAGAAACAACGUCUUAACUGUUGUGUUACUUCUUUAAAAGUAAUAUAUUUGAUCUAAGUUUUAAA